GUGACAGCAGUCAAGUCAAGUCAGUUAGUAAUUUGGAAAGUCGGUCGAUGGUUUUCAUAAGAAAUUUUCUAUAUUUCUAUCAAGAUACCUGUCUACUUUAAUUCGUUUGUAUUGAUUUUCAAGUGAUGGAACCAAAUCCUGUGAUUAUUGCUGCUACGGCAAAACAUACUGCAUCUCUGAUAUUCUUUCACGGUUUAGGCGAUACUGGACAUGGUUGGGCUAGUACAAUUGCAGCAAUAAGGGGACCUCAUGUGAAAGUAAUCUGUCCCACAGCUUCUACUAUGCCAGUAACAUUAAAUGCUGGGUUCCGAAUGCCAUCUUGGUUUGAUUUGAGGAGCCUUGAUGCCACUGCUCCUGAAGAUGAAGAAGGAAUAUUAAGGGCUACUAGUCUUGUCCAUGGACUAAUUUCAGAUGAAGUCAAGGCUGGUAUUCCUGCAACCCGCAUAUUGGUUGGAGGCUUUUCUCAAGGAGGAGCUUUAGCCCUUCAUGCAGCACUGACUUAUCCUGAGAGAUUGGCUGGUGUAAUGUCACUGUCUUGUUGGCUACCAAGACAUGCCCAUUUUCCAGAUGGUGUCAAGGCUCCACUAGAUCUACCGAUUUAUCAAGCUCACGGUGAUUGUGAUCCGGUUGUACCUUUCAAGUGGGGUCAAAUGACGGCCUCGUUCCUCAAGACCUUCAUGAAAAACAUCGAGUUCAAUACAUACCAAGGCCUCACUCAUAGCUCUUCGGAGGCGGAACUUAAAGAUAUGCGUGCAUUUAUAGACAGAAGUCUGCCCUCAGUUAAAUAAUUUAUAAGAUUAUCUCAGAUUACAAAGUAGCUCACGUCAGAUUGAUAUAAUCUUCAUUAAUUUAAAUGAAAUUUCAAUUAUCAAUUACCUAUUUAAAAUAUUGAAAAUAAAUAUUUUCUCA